CCCGCUCGCUAAGCCCGCCACCGCCGCGACGCGCUCCGCCACUCGGCAUCAUGGCUCUCUCCGCCGACGCCGCCUUCCAGAAACUGGCCGCCUGGCACAAGGCCCACGGCGCCCAGCUCGUCCUCCGACAGCUCUUCCAGGCCGACCCGGAGCGCUUCAGCAAGUUCAGCUUGACCUUGAAGAGUGACCAUGGGGAUAUCUUGGUGGACUAUUCAAAGAACUUGGUUACAGAGGAAGUGAUGAAGAUGCUGAUAGAACUGGCAAAAUCAAGGGGCAUUGAGAAAGCAAGGGAGCAAAUGUUCACUGGAGAAAAGAUCAACUUCACUGAGAACCGAGCUGUGCUCCAUAUUGCUUUGCGGAAUCGCUCAAAUACUCCAAUAUUAGUUGACGGCAAAGAUGUAGUCCCAGAAGUGAACAAAGUUUUGGAGAAAAUGAAGAAUUUCUGCCAGAAAGUUCGCAGCGGUGACUGGAAAGGCUACACGGGAAAAGCCAUCACUGAUGUGGUCAACGUUGGCAUUGGCGGAUCAGAUUUGGGCCCCCUCAUGGUGACAGAAGCCCUCAAGCCAUAUUCCAAGGGCGGUCCUCGUGUUUGGUUUGUCUCCAACAUCGACGGUACCCACAUGGCCAAAACUCUGGCUGAGCUGAACCCUGAGACUACACUCUUCAUCAUUGCAUCCAAGACUUUUACCACCCAAGAAACUAUUACCAAUGCUGAAACAGCCAAAGAGUGGUUCCUAAAUGCUGCUAAAGAUCCUGCGGCUGUGGCCAAGCACUUUGCUGCCUUGUCUACCAAUGGGCCUAAAGUUAAAGACUUUGGAAUUGACACUCAGAACAUGUUUGAGUUUUGGGACUGGGUUGGUGGCCGUUAUUCAUUGUGGUCUGCCAUUGGCCUCUCCAUUGCUCUACAUAUUGGUUAUGAUAACUUCGAGAAGCUGCUUGCUGGAGCCCAUUGGAUGGACAAGCACUUCCGCACCACUCCGCUGGAGAAGAACGUGCCCGUGUUGCUGGCAAUGCUGGGGGUCUGGUAUAUCAACUGCUUCGGGACUGAGACCCAUGCGCUUCUGCCCUACGACCAGUACAUGCACCGCUUUGCAGCAUACUUCCAGCAGGGAGACAUGGAAUCCAAUGGGAAAUACAUCACCAAGAAGGGCACUCGUGUGGAUUACAAUACUGGGCCAAUUGUGUGGGGUGAGCCUGGAACCAAUGGGCAGCACGCUUUCUAUCAGCUGAUCCAUCAAGGAACUCGUAUGAUCCCGUGUGACUUCCUCAUCCCAGUCCAGACGCAGAAUCCUAUCAGGAAAGGGCUGCAUCACAAGAUCCUUCUGGCCAAUUUCCUUGCCCAGACUGAGGCCUUAAUGAAAGGGAAGACCACAGACGAAGCUCGUAAAGAGCUGCAGGCUUCUGGGCUGAGCGGGGAUGCCCUGGAGAAGAUUCUUCCACACAAGGUCUUUGAAGGAAACCGCCCAACCAAUUCCAUUGUGUUUACUAAGCUUAACCCAUUCAUCCUUGGAGCCUUAAUUGCGAUGUAUGAACAUAAGAUCUUUGUUCAAGGAGUUGUAUGGGAUAUCAACAGCUAUGACCAGUGGGGCGUUGAGCUUGGAAAGCAGCUGGCCAAGAAAAUUGAGCCAGAACUGGAAUCUGAUGCACCGGUGACAUCUCAUGAUUCCUCCACCAACGGGCUGAUCGACUUCAUCAAGAAACACCGGGCCUGAUCCGAGGGCAGGAGGGCUGUGUGCCGACGACAAUCCAACCGCCAAACACCCAGAUCGAUGUUGUAGUCUGUGCUUCAUUAACCACUCUUUACCGGAAUAGCACUUUUUUCACCAGUUCUGGCCUCUCUUCACUUGUUAGCUGUUAACGGUUAGCCUUGUUGCUUUUUUGAGCGUUGUUGCAAACAAAACCUUUUUUAAUCUUGUGACACCUGGAAAAUGCUGUUUAGUUGCUGUUUGUGGCAGCUGAAUUGUAACUGUUGGGCACUGUUCUCCCACCCACUCACUUCCCGCUCCAGCUCCACUCUGUAUUGCCUAGAUGGAAGCUGCACAACAGGCAGCAGCAAAAAAAACCUUUGCCUGCACUGUAUCUUGUGAAGCUGGUGCCAUUGUGAGACACCCUACCCCAACUUGUACAAGAUUAUACCACAGUUAACCAAA